UAUUAUUAGAUUGAAUUGUGCAAAUUCACUCAGUAGCAUAGUUGAAUUCUGGUGUGUGUGUGGGUGUUUGUUUUUCGUUUCCCGGUCGUGCUUACGAAGAUCUAAAGAUGUUUAUGUCACGUAGUGAGUAUGAUCGAGGAGUAAAUACGUUCUCCCCGGAGGGCCGUCUGUUCCAAGUUGAAUAUGCCAUUGAGGCAAUUAAGUUGGGUUCAACAGCUAUCGGUAUCCAGACAUCAGAAGGGUGCGUACUAGCCGUCGAAAAACGUGUUACGUCGCCACUCAUGGAAAGCACGACAAUCGAAAAAAUUGUCGAAAUUGAUAAUCAUAUCGGAUGCGCCGUCUCCGGACUGAUGGCCGACUCGCGCACCUUGAUCGAUCGCGCCCGUGUCGAGGCUCAGAACCACUGGUUCCUAUACAAUGAAAAAAUGCACGUUGAAUCCUGUGCUCAGGCGGUUUCUAAUUUGGCUAUUAAAUUUGGCGAUAGCGAUAAUGAUGAUGGAGCCGCGAUGUCGCGACCGUUUGGAGUGGCUAUUUUGUUUGCAGGAAUCGAUGCAAACAAAGGACCUCAGCUUUUCCAUAUGGAUCCUUCUGGAACGUAUGUCGAAUUCCUUGCUAAGGCCAUCGGGUCGGGAUCUGAGGGAGCGCAGCAGGCUCUCCAAGAGAAAUAUCACAAAUCGAUGACACUUAAAGAUGCUCUCAAGGAGACGUUAGUUAUCUUGAAGCAGGUGAUGGAGGAGAAGUUGAGCUCUGUUAACGUUGAGGUAGCCACCGUAACGAAAGAAAAGGGAUUCCACAUGUUUACCAAGGCAGAGGUUGAGGAAGUAAUCAAAGAUAUUUAAAUAUGCCUUAAACUCUAGCUAACUUGACCAGCUUUUGUGCUAACGGUAACACACAUCAUAGUUGGACUGACACUAUACUGCGCAGACGUAAGAAGUCAUUAGUUCUCUCAUACGUCCAAUUCAAAGGCAAAGGAAGUAUAGUGAAAUAAAUUUUUACUUAAACUAA